AUGUCAAAUGGGACAACACCGGAGCUCUUCAUGGACGCCGAGGACAAAACGGCCGAGGCAAAGACCAAGUUUACAGAGAUUGUGGAAUGUACUUAUCUAUCCAAAAGCCUAGGCAGCAUAGCGCUGAAAGAGCUCAUGGCAUGUGACUGUGCUGAAGAAUGGGAUCAUGAAAAGCAGAUGAAUAUGGCUUGCGGCGAACAUAGUCAUUGUAUCAACAGAGUUACUUCCGUCGAAUGUACAAACAAGCUGUGUUUUUGUGGGAAAGACUGUCAGAAUCAGCGAUUUCAAAAGAAACAGUAUAGUGAGGUCAAAGUCAUCCAGACAGAGAACAAAGGGUAUGGUUUGGUUGCUGAAAAACCCAUUUCUGAGGGAGCAUUUGUAUAUGAGUACAUUGGAGAGGUGAUAGACGAGGCAACGUUCAGACAACGAAUGAUCGACUACGACACGAGAAAACUACGCCAUUUCUACUUUAUGAUGCUCACGAAAGAUGCCUUUAUUGAUGCUACGGAUAAGGGGUCGUUGGCAAGGUUUUGUAAUCAUUCCUGUUCACCAAAUGCGUACGUGGAUAAAUGGGUGGUUGGCGAUAAGUUACGAAUGGGAAUAUUUGCCAAGCGUGAGAUUCAACCGGGGGAGGAGAUCACCUUUGAUUAUAAUGUUGAUCGCUACGGUGCUCAGCUGCAACCUUGCUACUGUGGCUCUGCCAACUGUCUUGGUUGGAUGGGUGGAAAGACUCAGACGGAUGCUGCCCUUCUACUCCCAGAUGGUAUUUCAGAAGCUUUGGGUGUGACCAGAACUCAAGAAAAAGCAUGGUUGAAGCGUAACAAGCAGGCCAAAGUUGCACAGCAGAACGCUGAAGCUACAAUCAAUGAAGACUUCGUCAAGAGCCUUGAGGUUGAGGCAUUAAGCGAAGCCGACGUGAGCAAAGCCAUGGCUGCUUUGAUGAAAGCUGAAGACGUCAUUGUUGCUGAGAAAAUUAUUGAGCGGCUCUACUUGACCGAGGAUGCCAAAAUCAAUUCUAUCAUUGUGCGUCUUCACGGUUAUAAAACACUCUCGCAGGUUUUAAAAGACCAUGCAUCGGAUCUGGAUGACUUGACAAGUAAGGUGUUACUGAUUUUGAAGAGAUGGCCCACUAUGACACGUAACAAGAUCGAGCUGUCUCAAAUUGAGGACGUGGUCAAGAAAAUUGUGGAGGACACAGAAAACCCUGAAAUUAGAGAACUUGGAUCUGAGCUUCUAUCUGAUUGGAGCAAGUUAGAAAUGGCCUAUAGAAUCCCCAAGAAUAGGGAAGGCUCAGCAAAAGCGGAGAGAGCUGGCCGAGGGUCCAUGUCCCCAUUGUACGGAAGAACUGUGCGCCUGGCAUCUCCAACCUGGGGUUACGAGGAUGCGACAGAACAAGGAGGCAACGAAUCGCCGCAAAGUGACGUCAAUGAUGAUGAUGAGUUGCCUCCAGGAUGGCAGAAAGCCGUGGAUCCAAACACGGAUACAGUGUAUUACUACCAUGCGGAAUUGGGUAUUUCUAAGUGGGAGAAGCCAAAGGGGAUUGUGCCCAAGGGCCCAUCGUUCCCUAAGGGACCUGCGAAGCAGAAACAGUUCAAAAAUCAACAACCCAAGGGCAAACUUAGAGUUGGAAAACCCAAUCACAAAGAGGGUGAGUUCUCUUCAAUUGAAGAGGAGAAACUUCGUAAACUUAAAGAGGAGCAGUUUAAAGAAAUGCAACAGAAGGAAAAGUUGCUACAAGAUCUUAUAGCUCAAUCACAACAAGAAGCGGAGGAGAAAAAAAAGCAAGCAGAGGAGGCCAGACGAGCAAAACUCGAAAAAAUCAAUCAGAAGCGGAAGCAGAAAGAAAUGGCCAGGGUCAGGGCAAAAUUGCCGCCUUCAAAGGAAUCUGUGGAGGUACAAUGGACCAAGACUUUGGCUAAAUAUAUCCCCAACAUGAUCAAGAAAUACGAAGCAGAGAUUGGUCAUGAGAACGUGAAGGGGUGUGCUCGAGACUUGGUGAAGAUUUUGCUGAGUAAAGAAACAAAGAGAGAUCCUGAUUCACCACCACCAAAGGAGCUUGACAACGCUAAGCUCAAAAAGCUCAAGGAGUUUUCAUCGAACUUCAUGCAGAAGUUUUUGAUCAAGUUCAGAAACAAGAGACCACGGACAGAACAGACCCACAGUAACGGCCAGUCAGAAAAGCAAGCUACUUGA